AUGGAGGGCACUCCUGGCUUAGAAUUAUUAUUUUGCAGUGCAAAGGCACAAUUUAAAUCCAAACACGAUGCGACUAUCUGUCUUCUCCACUGGAAUUUUAUCGUCAAUGGUUUCAAGUGUACUGGAAUCGGAGAAGAGCCAGGAGCAGAUUCUGGUGUUGAGUCUGAACUUUUACCUGAAGGAUGGAAUCAGUCAUCAGAACUCUACACACUUCGUUACCAGUCAUCGUCGUCAAAAUUACCUUCUGACAAAAAUGAACGCUAUCUUUUAAAAGCAGUUGUGACUGACAACACCAUGAUUGUGAACGUGAUGAAUUUACAACAGGAAAAGCUGGCAUCAAAAAUGAUAAAAUCAUCAGAUUAUGUGACAGAUGAUUGGAAUACAACUUACAGUAAGGCCUUUAAAAAUGCAGUCGAACUGAAAAAGCUUUUCAAAGAAGACUUAUUAAAAGAGGUGAUGCCUUCUCCAUCUGCAAGCAAACAAGAGAGAAAUCCCAGGUCUCCAAGAAUUCCUUUCAAUGAUGAUGAUCCACUUCGAAUACCAAGCCGACGUCGAGAAAGACAGCCAAGAUGGGAACCUGUUGACCCUUUUGAAAUUGGAAGAGCUGAUUUGGACCCAUUUGCUGAUGGAGGUGGUGGAUAUUUACCGAGAGGUGCCAUUCCUCCAGGUGCCAGGUAUGAUCCAAUAGGACCUGGAGGACCCCGAGGCGGACCUGAUCCAGAUCACUUGCCAUUACCCAAUUCCACUGACUAUGAUGACAUGUUCAUGUGA